AUUGACCAAACUCGUUUCAUUUCACAAUAUAAAUAUUUAUAAAAAACAACUUGAGGAGUGAAGUGCGAUGUCGAUUGGGAAGAGAUUUGAAUUUGCUUAUUAGUUAUCUUAAUAAUAAAAUAUAAUAUGAAAUAAAUCAAUGAUGGAACCUGAUGCUAGCACUCCUUUACUAAGCACUGACGAAUUUGCUAAUGAAGCUAGCGAUUGUGAAUCUGACACUUCAAGCAGAGCUCGUCGUGCUAGAUUACCAUUUCAUUAUCCUCAAGUACAUAAGAAACGUGUACGUCGAGAAGCUGGCUCAGUUAGCAUUGCAACUUAUCAACGUUAUCGAUAUUAUACUAAAUUAGCAGAUCCAUCCAUCGACACAUUAAGUAUUCCUGAUCAUGUGGUGCCAUCAAACUUCUUUUUUCCAUUUGCACUUCUCAUCAAACCCACCGGAAAACAAGGUAGUCUCAUUACAAUAUUUUCAAUUUGGAAUACAAUGAUGGGAUCUUCUUUAUUAAGCAUGCCUUGGGCUAUUCAACAGGCUGGCUUUGCAUGUGGCAUGGUGAUCAUGUUUCUCAUGGGAAGUCUUUGUUUUUACACAGCUUAUAGAAUAGUCAGUCUUCGCAGUAUAGCUGAGUUACCUAACUCAGCUGUAGAGUUUCCCGAUUUCUGUCGAUAUUUACUCGGUCCGUGGGCAGAAAGAAUAGCUACAUUUUUUUCUUUAAUUCCAUUACUUGGAGGAGCUGUUGUUUAUUGGGUUCUUAUGUCCAAUUUUCUUUAUUUCAUUGGUGUUUAUGCUUAUGAAACUUACAUGGGCCAUUCACCUUCACCUGAUGUUAACAACAACACAAUGUAUCCUGAUGUUUAUUGCCCAUCAUCAACCCCCAUAAAUAGCAGUUUAACUAUGCUUAGUGCAACUGGUAACAGUACCAUUGAUCCAUUCUAUAAAUAUUGGAACAUGGAAACGACUAUUCCUUUUUAUAUUGCUGCAGUUUUUGCUCCAUUGAUAAGUUUGAAAUCUGCUACAUUUUUCUCAAAGCUGAAUGCUUUAGGUACACUCUCUGUUAUCUACUUAAUGAUCUUCAUUAUUGUGAAGGGUGCCAAAUGGGGUAUACAUUUCAAUACUUUUGAUCCCACAUCUGUUGAUUUCGUUCAUUUGUUUCAAGUUACAUUUCCUGUUCUUGUUGGAACUUUGUCUCUGUCCUUUUUCAUACAUAACUGUGUUCUGUCUAUUAUGCGAAACCAGAAAGAACCUAAAAAUAAUACUCGAGAUUUAGCGAUGGCUUACUUACUUGUGGGAUUCACGUAUUUGGUGAUUGGUGGAGUUUUUUUUGUUACAUUCCCUUUCCAGAAACACUGCAUAGAAGAUAAUUUGCUGAAUAAUUUUCGAAGUUCUGAUUUGCUAGCUGUGAUAACUAGAGUAUUUUUACUCUUUCAAAUAUUGACUUUGUUUCCUUUAAUUGUGUACAUAUUGCGUGUACAACUAAUGCACUUUGCUUUUGGAAAUAUCUAUCCUGGCUGGAAACCUGUAAUGGCAUUGAAUAUUGUCAUUUUGACUGUUUGUAUAUUAUUCAACAUUUAUUUGCCAAAAGUUGGAACUAUUAUAAGAUAUUGUGGAGCGAUAUCUGGAUUAGCAUAUAUAUUUACUCUCCCAUGUGUUACUUACCUAAAAGCUCUGAAGGAUAAACAACAGUUGACAGUCUUGAACAUUGUUUUACACAGUUUUAUUGUCUUAUUAGGAGUUGCCAAUUUCAUAUCUCAAUUUUUAGUACAAGGAAAGUAAACAAAUAUCAUAUUUAAUUAUAAAAAAAUGUUUACUUUUUUAAGUAAAAAGUAUUCAUACAUAAAAGUUAAACUAUAGGCUCUUCAGUUUCAUUUUGAGACAGGAUACUAAAGGUAGCAUUUUUAAGUACUUAUUGUUGCAAAUAUUUCGUCAGAAAUAAAAGUGACUGCAACAAUUCGUAUAGUCUAUUUUUAUUUGUUAAAAUUUUUCUUGAUUUUUUUUCAAUAUUGCCUAUUUAGUGUAUCAACAAAAGAAAAAUACUAAAUUCAAAAUGUAUUCAAAUUCUCUCUCAGUAAAAAAAAAUUAUUAGUGUCCCUCUUUAAAUGCACUUUAGAUAUUUUGCAGUAAUUUUUCAAUUAGAGUUUUUAAAUACAAAUGAUAUAAUACACUACUUAACAUUGAACAAAAUUUUAUUUACAAAUAUUUUAAAUAAUUUAUCAAUUUUUUUUGAAAAUAUUGUUAUAGAUUUUUUUAUAUACUUAUCACCUAAAUGUGUGACCAUAGCUUAAAUAAUUAAAUUGGAGCUUAUUUGAAAAGUGGACUAUCGUUAUCCUUAAAGAACCAAUGAAUGAUAAAAAUUGAUAGUUUUUUAAUAUUUUUCUGCAAAUUCAGUGUAAUUAAUAAUAAACUGUGCAAAUGCCAGCUAAUUGUUAAUUAUUUUACCUUUUAAUACAAUUAUCAUUUAGAGCAAACAAACAAUUAUGUUCAUAUUUAACUAUUAUGUACAUCAAUUAGUACCUAAAUUGCUUUAAGAAUAUUUUUAUUAUUGUUCCAAAAUUUAGAAAUGAUAUAAUCUUUAUUGAUUUGAUGAAUCAGCUAUCUUGAAAAUGUUUUUAUUAGAUUAACUACCAUAAAGUACUGUGAUAUUAGAAAUUUUCAAAUCUCGUUCUGUAUAGUUUUCACUUUCUUUUACUGAAUUUAGUAUUAAGUUGAGAAUAUUUGAAUCUGUAACUAUUUAUGUUUGAUAUUUUAAUGAAAAUAUUUAUGGAGUAAAUGAAAAAUGUUUUACACUGCCUAAUACUUUCAAUCAAUCUCUGAUUUAAACAUUGCCAAUUUUGUUGUGGCCAGUAUUUCCAAUCUCUCUCUCCUUUUUUUUUUUUUUUAAAUUCUUGGAGGAAUGUAUUGAAAGACAAGAGCAAAAGAACUAAUCUGAAAUUCGGAAACAUUUACCAUGUGUACAUGCAACAGCAAGACCUAUUCGAAAAACAUUACUCAUACUUUUUGUGGAGCAGCUACUUCAAACUUAUUUCUUUUUAUUUAAACUUCGAUGUGUAAAUGUGGCAUCAUUCAGCUAAUGAUAUUUCUUUCUUUUAUCUGAUUUAUUUUCUUCUUGUAUUUAAAUUACUUUCCUUUUGCAUUAAACUUAUUUCAUUAUAUCAUUUCCAUGACAAUUUUAUUCCAUUUAAAUUUGGCACCUUACUCUUUUAACCACUUUUAGAUUUUGAAUCAUAAAGCUUUAAACUCAAGCAUUCAACUCCAUUUCCAUGAUUAGGUCAAAUGAAUGUUGGAAGUAUUAUUUGUAAUCUGUGUGAAAAUGCAUACCUCUCUCUUGUGUAUUCCCCUAUCUAUGUGUAUAUUAUUGCUAGAUGUUUUGGAAACAAGGUGUGUACAAUAACGCUUAUUCACGUGCAUUCAGUGUCAAAAUUGUUGAAGAGUAAAAAGAUCUAAUAUAUAGCUAACAUUUGUUUUUGUUUAAAUCGAUACAUUCAGUUGAAAAUUCAGUGGCACUUAUUAUCCUUUUAUUCUCUGAAUAAGACGCUUAUUUAUUUAUUAUUGUUUAAUAAAGGGCUGAUUUUUUUCAUGUUAUAUUUAUAGUUUUUUUUUUUUAAGUAGUUGAAUAUUUAUUAUUUUUUCUCCUUUCUUUUACUGAAGAGUAAAAGAAAAUGAAAGGAGUAUUUUUAUUAGUAAUAAUGUACCUUUAUUAGUUAAUGUGAAUCUCUUCUUAAGAAAUUAAACUAAUUUACUCUUAAAUUUAUUAAACAGUUUGAAUCUCUUUACUGUUUUUGUAAUGUUAUUUAUUGAGUAAAAAAAAAAAUUUUUUUUUGUAUGAAUUAAUACAAAAUAAUAAAUUAUUUCGAACUAUAUAGCUGGACUAACCUAAUUAUACUAGCAAACUAUAAUUGCAAUGUUAUUUAGUUAAAUUUUCCAUACAUAUCAUUUUUUCCCUUUGAAACUGGUAUAGAAGGUAUAAAUAUAAGAAGUAGCGUAAAAAUUGUUUCCAUGCAUUCUUAUAUGCUUAAAACUGUAUGUUAUAACGUGGUUAAUAAAAUGUUGCUUUAUUUGAUUUAUUUCUCAUUAUUAUAGGUAAUAACUUAUUUGAAUUUUACUUAAAUCAUUUGUAUGUUUUUAAUAUCACUUGUGAAAAUGAAUAUCUUCUUUCUCAUCUUUCAUAAAAGUGUAUGUUUUUAUUAUUAAUAAAACAAUAUAUUUUUAUUUUGAA